CUACCCAACAACACCAAAUACCACUUCCACCACAAUAUCCUCUCUCUCACUAUUAAAUAACCAAACCAAAAGAGAGUAUUUUCAUCACCCAAAUCUACAAUUCAAACUGGAUCACUCUGUAUACCAUCAUGUCCACUCCAACCAUUGUCAGAAAGGUGAGCAAUGUAACAACAACAGGAGGCAACAACAACUCUGUCGACUCUCCAACUGUUGGAGGCAACAACUCGACUGCCUCACCUCCAAUCCGUCCUUCUCGUGUUGUUCGUGUGCUCUCAUCAAAAUCUGCUUCCACUACCACCACCAACAACAAUAACUCAACAACGCACAACGGCACCACUUUUGAUAACAACAACGCAUCUUCUACCUCUACAGUAGAUCAACAACAAACAUCAUCAUCGACAGAAAGCAAUAAUACACCCGAUGUCUCCUCAUCAACGGAGAGUGCCAAUUCGACAACCUCCACCACCAAUGGAACAACAACAACAGGAGCCAAGAAGGUAGUUGUGAGGAGAGUGAUUGUGAAACGUCCUGUUGGCGAGGCUGCUGUACCUGUAUCAACUCCUUCCAAUGAUAAUAAUAAUAAUACUACUACUGCACCAGAUGAAAAUAAUUCUACUACUAUUAAUAACAAUAAUAUAUCGAGUAAUAAUAAUAAUAAUAACACAAAUGGAGCUUCAACAACAUCAAGCAAUGAAGUGAAUAAUAAUAAUACUACGACUACUACCACUACUACCACAAGUACUACUGCUACUAACACUCCAACUACUCCAAGAACUAAUGUUGCAGAUAGAUGGUUACAGAGGAAUACGACAACAACAACAACAGCUACUACUCCAACAACCACUGAAGCACCAACUACUCCAAAACGUAGAGUUAGAAGUAUUAAUAAGCCAGAGGAAAAGACUAGUGAUGCAAUUACUACUACUAACACUUCAACAACCACUUCAACCUCAUCAGCAGUCACCACCAAUGGUACAACAACAACAACAACACCAGAGAAUAAGAAUAUCAAUUCAACAAACUCUGAAUUCGGUUCAAAACUUGUUACGGCUGCCAAAAGUCAUAGUACUAUUGUAAACACAGGAACUACUGCAACAACUGGUUCUCCACAUCAAGCUUCUAAGAGUAUGAACGAUAUUCCAGAACAAAAGGGUGUUAAGAGUGUUGUUAAAGAUUUGGGCAACAGAUUGAAAUUACUCACACCCGAACAAUUAAUGAUGGAUAAAAAGAUGGAUAGAGGAUCUGAUGUUAUUAGACCACUUCGUCCAUUGGAAAUCGCCACUUGGUAUGGAGGUAGCGUUUCUGUUGCAACUGAGGAUCCAAUGUUUGAUAAUUCUUCUAUUGAUGAUCUCAAAAAGGAAGGGCCAGAUAUUUACUAUACCAACUUUUUAUUCAAUCCAUUGUUUGAUGAACAAAGUGCUUGUGAUACACCUAUUAUUACCAUGAGUGCACAAGAAGUUUUACAAUAUAACUUUGUUGUGGAAUCAAUGAAAAAGAAGAAGCCUGAUUUAUUAACAUGGGAUCCUAUUGCUUUCGAGGAAGAGAUGAGAAAUGCCAGCUCAUUAUCAUCGCUCUCACUUAAAAAUAUUUCAUCAGGUCAAACACAUACAGAUAGUGUCACAUCAACUGAAGAUGUUUUGUCUAGAGAAGAUAUUGGAUAUCCAAUUAACAAAUGUUCAAAGAACUGGAAGUAUCAAUUAAAGAAGAAGAGAGAAAAUUCCAAAACCAAUUUCAAUUCAACCGAUGGAAUGUUUACACCUAGAGCUAGCAUACAAUUACAAUCCAGUUCACCAUCUUCUCCUGCCACAUCAAAUUCAGCCGCUGUAAAUCCACUUUUUGACCACUUGUACUAUAUGCCAUGUUGGAAACAUCAAAUCCAACUUGAUCAAAUUAUAAAGAGAGGUGGGGAACAAAGGAAAGUUCAGUAAUAGUUAUCAGAGUUUUGGAUAAUGUUGCUUGUUCAUCAAAACAAUUUAUCCAUUUGUAACACACUGAUCAGAAAUACGGAACUACUUCCCUGUCAAUUAUCAAUAAAAUUUUUCUUGUUUUAAU